AUGAGUGUGAAGGGAGAAGACGUCUCUAGUAAGAAGUAUAGGCGAAAGGAGCGGCAGGGAAGAAGGCCGUUUGUGGUAGCACUAAUUAACGCGGACGCGGAUGGCUAUAUGUUUUAUAAUAACUUCAUUAUAAAAGGGGCGAAGGGCGGCGAAGAUGCGGCUGACGCGCUUCUUGCUAGGUUGGUGGGACAGCCUAAUAAGGUGGACAUCCUAGUAAAGGCGUUUGCGAACGUGAGCGGGCUGGGUGCGGCACUUAAGCGUGGUGGGAAGGCAUUUGCUACUAGUUUUAGUAGUCAUCAGGCGUUUUUCGACUUUAUUAAUGUUAGGGCUGGAAAAGAAUGGGUGGAUUUUAAAGUUCGCAACACGAUUCUAGUUACGCUCUAUUCCUAG